GCCCCCCAAAGAAGAAGCAACAAGUCCAAGAAGCUUCACGCAAGGAUAUACCAUUUCAUGUGGGUUGUGAACAUUUGUCGGCGGAGCUACUGCGCAGGAAAACGAGAUGUUCCCGCUUCCCAUGUUCACGCCUGACCAGGUGGCUCGGGUGUGCGAGAACCUGGAGGAGACGGGGGAUAUCGAGCGCCUGGGCCGGUUCCUCUGGUCGCUGCCCGCCGCCGUGCCCGGCUCGGCGGGGGAGGCGCUCAACCGGCACGAGUCCGUGAUGCGCGCCAGAGCGCUGGUCGCCUUCCACACCGGCAACUUCGAAGCGCUGUACCAGAUCCUCCAGAGCCACCGGUUCACCCGGGAGUCCCACGCCAAGCUCCAAGACCUUUGGCUCGAUGCGCACUACAGGGAGGCGGAGAGGCUCAGAGGCCGGCCGCUGGGCCCCGUGGAGAAGUACCGGAUAAGGAAGAAGUUCCCUCUGCCCCGCACCAUUUGGGACGGCGAGCAAAAGACACACUGCUUUAAGGAACGAACUCGGAGCUUGCUGAGAGAGUGGUACCUCCAGGAUCCCUAUCCCAACCCGUCCAGGAAACGCCACUUGGCCCAAGCCACGGGACUCACACCGACACAGGUCGGCAACUGGUUCAAGAACCGCCGGCAAAGAGACCGCGCCGCAUCGGCAAAGAACAGGCUUCAACAGGACCCAUCCGUCCUGCCCGCGGAGGGCUCCCCUAACGGCGCCCUUCAGGAGCGCCACCCUCACCCCCACCUCGGCAGCCCAGAGGCGAGCGACUGUAGCACGGAGACUGAGCGCAGAGGGACGGGGGCCUCGACUCCAGAGAUCUCCGUCAGCAGCGACGGCGAGUUUGAGUCUUGAGAGGAUUUUAACAUUUCCUUUUCCCACGUGUACGAAAGACACAACCGCAGCGAAAAAGACAGCGAGGCCGUGGACACGCUACAGCUGUUUUCAAACAGAGAAGAGAGAACGGCUGGACCCGGUUCUGCCUCUGGCUGGACUUUUUUUAAAAAGGAUUUAUGCACUUAAAAAAAAAAAAAAAGCACUGGAAAAAGGGUGCUGGUCAAUUCGCCCCUUUGCCAUCUCCUCCUUUUUCAGUUUUGUUUCUUUUCUCCCCCGGCAGAUAAACGAGCCGUCUGCCACGGGGACGUAUUGCACCGUCUGAAUUAAUUCGUACCGGAACAAGGGACGUUUGAAACCCUAUGAUUUACUUGUAUUCUGCUGUACGGGAAACAUUGUGAAAUUAUGAGCCAGCAGGAGGUCGCUCACAUUUAUGCUGGUUGGUUUCCAGGUAAAAAAUUAUCCGACUCUGUCAAGAGUCACACAGUCCAAACGGGUUUCAGAACCACAAUCAAUGGAAAUAAGGCUUUAAUACCCAAUCAGACCCUCGUCGAUUAUUGUUUAGCACCAUAAAUCACCAACAAUUAACAAGAGAAAGGAGCCGAUGCGCAAUGUUUUCAGCCAUAGAGUCUAAAACAGAUGGUUUACGUCUUCAAGCGGGAAGAAGGAAGGGGUGAAAAUGCGAGGCUAGGGAAUUAGGGGACAAACUGGCAAAAAGGGCAAACUGGACCCAGAGCCCACCGAAACCCAUAAAGCUUGCCGGUGGUUGUUGUGUAGGAUGAUAAACAACUACAGGUACGAACACAGUGUUUGCAUGUUUUGUUUACAGAUUUUCGACAUAUUCUCUAGCUCCUCUGAAUACUAGCCUGUUCACGUUUUGCGACGAACCUGUGAAUAAAGAAGAGUUUGUAAUAGUUUAAAAAGGAAGCGCCACGCAUUUGUGUGGAAGCUGUGAAAACAUAAUGAGAAAAAUGCCUUGUGCAGGCUGUGGCUGUACGCGAAUGUGUCACCUGGUUUGGUACUCACAUUUAGAGCAGUGUAAAUCUCCUAUAUAUUAAUUAAUCACUCACUGCGUCGACUCAUUUGCUGCCUUAAACAGAACAAAGAGCAUCCCCGCAAAGAGUCAUGAGUCGACGUGAACCUGACUGUCUGUGAGCACAACGUGAGGCUCAGAACGCAAAACCGCGUCGAUUACAGCCACUUUACCUGUCCACUUCUGCCGCUGUUACCGAACGGAAGAUGCUGUCGGAGGUUCCCGAGCUGCUUGGAGUAAAAUCGGGAGCUGGAGGAGACGAGGGAAAAAGAUUGUGACGCACCCGUUGGUUCUCAUCUCCACGUGCCUAUUACAUUUCAGAACAGUAAAAGCCGGUCAACCGUGUCUUCAGUCAACAAUCCCACAGGCCUACUGUCUGAUCAUUUCUCACAGCAUCUCUGUAAUUCAUUGAUCACAUGUAUUUUGAUAUGUGUUUUCUGCAAACAAGUAAACCUAUUUUUAUCCUA